AUGCCUUGGUGGAUCGAGGAGGCACCAGAUGGGGGCUCCAAUGUCACAGAACAACAGGGGGGUCCAUUGCCCCCGGCCUCAAAUUCGACAAUGAUCCAACAGGGAGAAAUUCCUGUAUUGGAAGUAGUACAUACAGUGGGACCUGUGAGGACGACCCAGGUGUGCACAGCCCAGCAUGUCAAUAUGCCCAUAACACAGUACCUGGUGUCACAAGCCCCUGCCAUUUCCACCGAACAGCAUGAGACACCAGACGACGCUCAAGAUGAAGCAUUGUUGUCUCGAAACAUCAUUAGACUGGCGAAGGACGAUAUCAAUCACGCGAUGGGGGGCGCCAAAGUCCUGAUCAUGCGACUCCUAUUCUUGAGGAAUGCAAUGGUGCACUCUAGACAGAAAAAGAGGCACUUCGUCGAUAAGGCCAUUGAAGACUCAAUCCCACAGUUUUACAGGCCCAAUGUUGUAUUUCAGUCCUUCAUCAUGAACGCACACCAUAAACAGGUUGCAAAUGCCCUGUCCACUAAACAUGGAAAAAUUAUCGAUUUCGUGUGGGAUGGCUAUCGCAUUGCCAGGGUCAGCCGCCUCAUUCAGGGCACUGACCCUCUCUUGUUCAUGCACGAUUUCUAUUUCGACAAGAAUGAUAAUAUAAUUGUUCAUGCCAAAUUCCAGAACCAAUUUGUUAUGGCCAAUGUCAUCAGAUUCGUGUGGUAUUGGGGCUCCACAUCGUUCCUCAACAUGUCCUCACUCAAGGCCAUCAAGAAUGUCAUAGGCGUAGCUGGCGCAGCUAUGCACUGCACAUUGUACGAACAAGCAAAGGUGCAGUUAGAUAUAGACCCAUUCGGUGGAAAAGCCCACAGCGAUAAAUUCAAAGAAAUCAUUGGCGCAAUGGAUGGGCUUACAGGUGCAGAAAAGAUUGAGUUGGAGGCGCAUUUACAGUAUGUAUUGGAGAUCGGACCAUCACAAGCAUGGGGCGACGAGAGCUCAUCAACAUCUGACUCAGGGAUCAGUGAUUGA